AUGAAGAUCUUGGAGAAGAAAGGUUAUCUAGAAGUCCCAAAAGAGUUCUGCCCACAGGCGGUAAUCGAGUGGUACAAGUUCGGCGCGCAGAAGGGUCACAAAAACGACCUCACCAAAUCGGACGUCCGAGAGAAGGCCAGGAACCAUCUCUCCUUCCUCGGAUGGCGUUUCUGGUACGGACAGAAGCAGAACAGAAUGGAGUUACGCUACACGUCGCCGUCUGGAAAGAACCACUACUCGCUUCGGACGGCGUGCCAGGCCUGCAUUGACGGCGGAAUGCUUUCCGAGAGCGUCGCCUCCAAUGCCCUCAUCGUCUCUUCUGAAGAGGGCUCUCCUCGUUUGUUUCCCGGGAAAGUCAACGACCUUUCCCGAGAAAAGGAGAAUUCGUCUGUGGAGUCUUCCUCCACCACCGUGUCUUCGACGGAAUCAACAAAAGGAAGGAAGAGAAGGAGGAACGCUGAUCAGGAGUUGGAAAAUUCCCAAUCGGUUCAAAUUCAACCUUCAGAAGAAAGUGAAUUUUCCGACUUUCAUGUCGACCAAAACGGGUCAAUCACUGAUUCAAAUUCUGAAAAUCCUAGCCCCUCAAGAGGAAAGAGAGUUAUUGCGGGUUUGACUGACUCAAGAGGCUCAAAACCCAUAAGAGGAAAGAAAGUGGUUUCGGAUUUGAAGAACAGUUGCAAGAGGAGAUCUCCUAAUAAUAAUAGCCACGAAAGAGUUAGAAUUAGGAUUGCUAAUAUUCCUGUUUCCUCAUCACGACGCAGAAAUGUAAAGUCGGUUCUUUCGUUGUUGAUAGACAACAAUGUGGUGGUUUUGGGGGCGAAAGUGCAUUACCGAGGGAAAGAAUUCAGUGGUGGCGUUCUUACUCGCGAAGGAAUAGUGUGUGAUUGUUGCUCAAAGGUUUUCGCUCUCACGGCUUAUGAAGAACAUGUGGGGAGCACAAAUCACAGACCGGCUGCUAACAUUUUGCUUGAAGAUGGAAGGUCGUUGAUGGAUUGCAAGAAUCAGAUAAGGAGUGAGAAACGGACGACAAUGGUGACUGGUCAGGAGGAGAAUAGUAUUGACAGAGAUGAGAGUGAUGACAUGUGCAGUGUUUGUCAUUAUGGGGGUGAGUUGGUUUUGUGUGAUUCUUGUCCUUCUGCUUGCCACGUCAAAUGUUUGGGUUUUGAGAGAGCCCCAGAUGGUGACUGGUUUUGCCCUUCAUGUCGUUGUGGGAUUUGCGGCCAAGGGAAGUUGGAAGAGGCCAGAACAGAAUCUUGUACUAGUAGUAUUGAUCAUGUUAGUACUAAUGAUGAUAAUGGUGUUCUUAUCUGCCACCAAUGCGAGCGAAAAUUUCACAUGGGGUGUUUAAAGAAUGCAGGGGUUGAUCUUGGCUUGGAAAAGGGUGGUUCCAGGGAGAAUUUGUUCUGUAGCAGAAAGUGUGAAGAUGUAUGUUCUGGUCUGAGGAAGAUUGUAGGGAAAAGAAUCCCAGUUGGUGAAGAAAAAGAUAAUCUGACUUGGACAUUGUUGAAGGCAACUGAAAACGACACCAAGCUUGAGAAUUCUUUUUUAGUGAUGCAUGAGUGUUUUGAGCCUGCUAAGGAUCCUUUGACAAAUAGGGACAUUGUUGAGGAUGUGUUUUUUGGUAGAGAGUCAAAGCUGAGCCGUCUUAACUUUAGGGGGUUUUACAUUGUCGUUUUGGAGAAAGAUGAUGACUUGGUCACUGUGGCUACUGUGAGAGUAUAUGGAGAGAAGUUGGCAGAAGUGCCUCUUGUUGGCACAAGGUUUGAGUACCGCAGGCGUGGAAUGUGUCGUGUUUUGAUGAAUGAGCUUGAGAAGCAGCUUGUGGGCUUGGGAGUAGAGAGGCUUGCUUUGCCUUCUGCUUCAAGUGUUCUCCAAACUUGGACUACUUCUUUUGGGUUCUCAGUGGUUACACGUGGUGAGAAAUUGCAGUUUCUAAGUUACAAUUUGCUGGAUUUCCAGGGUACCUUCAUGUGCCAGAAGCGGUUAAUUGAGAAGACAAGUGAAGCAAAAUCAAGCAUAAGUGAAGGGAAUUCGCCUACUGAAGUGGUGGAUCAUGUUGAUGACCUUUUCCUUUCUGAGGAGGAUAUGGCGUCCCUGCAUAGCAUUUUGGGGAGCUUAUAA